UCGCCAAUACUGGUAACUAAGCUGGGCAGUGUUAUUGCUGGUUCGGUUUUGCUGCAAAAGAUGCACUUUUGAGGCGCAGCGAGUGUGCACCCACGCCACACGUCCUAGACCCCUAGAAGUGCAGCAGCAGUUGCAGUGGAAGUGGCAGUUGAAAGUGCGCGGCGGAGAGUCCGGGUGUGAUCCAGCAGGAGGAAUUUCGGCCAGGGCGUCGAAUGGUGUUGUUAACUGGAAAGUGGACGGGCGGAAAAAGUGGAAAGCGGAAAAGUGAAAAAGUGGGAAACUAGAAAGCAUAGCCACCAGCUAUAAGCUAUAAAACCAAGACGAGCCCCAACAAUGGAGUCACACCAGCCGCCGAAGCGGCCGUCGUUGCAUUUACUAACGGAUGAGGGAGGAGCAGCCUCAGGAUUGGGAGCAGGAACAGGAUCUGUUGGUGGAGCGAUAGCUGAGAUGUCGCCCACAUCCGGAUUCUUGCCGGAUAUGCCGCAGUGGAAGAAGGAUCUCAUCCAGCGGCGCAAAACCAAUGUGGCACGCACCCAGGCGGCGUCCAUCGCCUCACCCACCGAGGGCGGUGGCAGUUGUGGGGCUUUGGCGGAUGUGCCAGUGCCAGGUGCCAGCAAUGCAGACGCUGCUCCCGGCAGCACUAGUCAAGCACUGGCCAAGAGAAAUGCGAAUGCGAAUGCGACGCUAGUAGCAGAGGAAAAGUCUGAGAAAUCUCUAACCGGAGGUCAUCAUACCCAAGGCAAAGACUUUGUUGUUGCUGCUAUUUCGAAUGAAGUUGCCCCAGCACUAGCAGCAACAACAACAACAACAUUAGCACCCAUACCAAAGCAGCGAUCGAGUUUACUCAACACUCAAAGAAGUCAGGAGCAGCAGCCAGAGAUUCUAAAUUCGGAACUGAGAAAGCGUGGAGGAGAGCCGGCGGCAAUAGGCAGCAUGGUGGGGCUGUCAAUGCGCUCCCAUAUUCGUGGUGAAGUUGAAUCUGGCACAGCGGCAGCAGAGACAACUGGAGCAUUAACGGAGACAGCACUGGCAGCAGCAACGUCGUCGUCGUCAGCAAAUCAAUUGUUAACGAAAUGCAAACCCGGCCAGAGCGUUGCUGAAGGCUCGUUGUUCCCAGAAGCGAGCCAACUCGAUAACAAGAGCUCCUCUAGCUCCUGCAAGACUAAAUCAAUAUCCGAUAAAUUGCAGAGCAACAAGUUCAUCCAACAACAGCAGCAACAACAACAACAGUAUCAUCAUCAUCAACAACAACAACAACAGCAAGUGUCGCCCAGCAAGGUAACGGUAAAACCGACAAUGGUCGCUAUGCAAGAAAUGAAAAAGACGACGAAACAAAAUGGCCAGCACCGACACAUACCAGGCAAGAUCAGUACUGGGAGCGGAGGUGGUGGUGGUGAUCCCGAUGGCAGCCCUUCCAAUCUCCAGGAUUCUCUAGUGGACACCAACGAGGAUCUUAGCUAUGGACCCGGCAUUGUGUCGAAGCUGCGGUGUCGCUACCUCAGUCUUGCCCUUCGCGAAUCCCGCCAGCAGAAUAGUAAACAGCGCCUGCAACGUUCCACCAGCCUGAACACCCUCCUCGAUCGGGACGAUGACGAGGGCGAUGGCGAGACCGAGAUGCCCGAGGAUGGGCCAACGGUGGUGGCCAUCAGUCAAGUGCGUGCCAAAUCCACACCGCCACCCAUACUGGGUGCCAAGCCAACACCGAAACCCAUCCAGCGACCGGUGAGUUUGGGUGCCAAUGGCACUGUUCCGACUGCCGCCAUCAACCCGCCCAGCGUCGCCGCCAACUGCGAGGACACCAAACCGGGUGGUGGUGUAACCAAUGGCGGUGGUGCCAACGGAGGGGUGAAUCGAUCGCGACACUUUAAGCGCGGCAACGAGGUGAUGAAGCGUGCCCGCUCCGUGGAGGCACUGCUCUGCGAGAAGUCACCGUGGAAUAGUCAGCGCAGCAGCAACAUGACCCCCGGAUCCAAUGCUCCGGCAGCCAAAACAUUGACGGCCACCUCACCGGCCGCCUCGCCCACCUGCGUCACCAUCGAGGACAAGAUCCACAAUGCCCGCGAACGGUUGCACAGUGGCACGGAUACAGCGCCGCCGAAGCGUCUGGCCUCCAUUAUCGAUGAUACGGAACGACCGCCACCCGAUCUUGUCAAGCAAACGCUCAAGAUGUUCGAGGCGAGCGCCAAUCGCCGGCCCAGGACUGCCCACCGCUCCAAUGGAGUUGGAGGAGUGGCCAGCAAGGUGGCCAGCUACAAGUCGAUAAUCAAGGAACAGAAGGUGGCGCCGCCCAGUGUGGGCUUUGCCUCCUCGACACCGCUGAGGCCGGUCAAUCAUCCGGAUAUAAUACCACGACAGGCGGACACAUCCAUGUCGACGCUGAGCAUGAUGAUGCGGCGCAUCGAUCUGCCAGAGACGGAACAGCCGGCGGAGGAGCAGCUGGUAGCCAUCGGCGGCACACAGCCCAACGAGGCGCCGAGCGAGACUGAGCCGCGCGACGAAGGCGAUGGAGAUGAGGGUGGCGAUCGUGGCGAUGUCGCAGGCGAAGGCGAUGACGACAACAAUGAGAAGCACGACAACGACAACGAAGGCGAUGGUGGCGGCAACGACAACGAUGGAGACGGAGACGGAGACGUCGAAAACAAUGAUAAAAUGGGCGCGGCAGGCGAUAAGCUUAGCCCGAAGAGCCCGGCGACGGAAGCGGGAGGCGCCCAACACCGAUCAUUCGCUCCCUCGACAGAGAACGUGCAUGUAGCAGCACCAGUACAAGUAGCAGCUGGCACCGGAGGAGUAACGCCAGUGAGGAAACUAAACACCGAAUCAUCAUCAUCCUCGACCAGUACCACAAAACAGAUCGGUGUGAUCCGACCGCUAUUCAACAGCCAGGGCAUAACACCGCCAUUGACGAGUCGCGAAAUCGAAAAGAAUCGCAUCAAUGAGAUGAAGAAGUCAUCGGAAACCGGAAGCGGCAUUGGAUCUGGAGCUGGUGGUACAACUGGAUCACUUGCCUCACCCACCACUAGUCUCGAUACCGUGAUAAACACCAAGGAGCCAACUGCUGCAACGGGCAGCAGUCACAGUGAAACGGAUGCCACCGCCUCACCACUAUGGACGCUACGAAAGACGGGCCAGCGGCCGGGACAGAAUCAGGGAGCCGGUGUCGGGGUGACGGCCAGUUCCAGUCAUACGGCAACGGAGAACACCUCGAUGGUGUUUAACUUCUCCAAGAGCACCAAUAAGGUGCCGGACUAUAUCGAAAGCGAUGUUGUGAUCUACAGGCGCAAGCGUGAGCUGCCAAAGCCAAAUGAGCCCGGCUUCGUGUUGCUGGGCGACCUCUCUGUGGAGACGUCAACGGACACGGACUACGAUGACCUAUCCAUGUGCCCGCCAUCGCCGUGCGAUGUGGAGUUCGAGAAUGCCAACAUUGUGAUUGACGGCAAGUCCAGCAUACGCCAGAAACCCAAAGAGUCGACGUUCCGCGUGCAGUUCAACGACACGCUGACGUCGACAUUUGAAUACCCCUCCGAGGCAUCGAUGACCAUUGACGACCCGCCGUACGCCGAUCCCUUCGGUCAUGUUAGCAAGCACCACCAGAUGCUCUUGGCGGAGCAGAUGCAGUUGCUGCAACACCAGCAGCAGUUGGACCUGGAGCAGCAGCAACAGCAGCAGCAGCAUCAUCAUGUGACCGUGGACGAGAUCAUUGAGCUGCCCACCUCGACGGCGGGACAGGGACAUGGACAUGGACACAGCAACAACAAGCAACAGGCGGCAGCGGGGGCGACGGGGGGCGGCACGAUGCUGGGGAAUUUACCGUUGGGCUCCAAAGCGUUGGGCUUCUACACGCCCAUGAAGGGCGGCACACCGAUGGACAGCCUCUUCCAGCUGGGCAUCACCCGGUACGCCCUACCCGAGAGCAGCAGCAGCGGCAGCAACUCCAGCAGCAAUGGCAGCAGUCCGGCCGGAGCCAAUGCCAACCGGGCCAUGUUCAACGGCAAUGGCAGUCUGGUUGGCCUCGGCGAGGGACUCAUCAAGGAUCAUGAACCAAAUUCGACACCAGCAGGAGCAGGAGGAGGAGGUGGAGCAGAAGCCUCCAAUGGCGGAGAUGGCGCAGCUGUGGACGAAGAUGAUUACCAUCUGACGGCGACGCCGGGCGGAGGAGUCGUGUACAGCGAGGGGACACAAAAGACGGACCUGCUCUACUGAUUUCCACUCACUCCACUCCACCACUCACUUACAGACUCCUCAAGAAUCAUUCCCAAGAAUACCCAUUCCCAAUAACUCAGCCCCGUAACCAGCUGUUGAAAAGCUGGAAAGCUUAGAUCGGUUAUAUAUAAACAGACACAAAAUCGAUGCCAGGCGAUAUGAUCCAUAAAGAUACGUAUAUACAUAGAUAUUAUUUGUAAGUCCCCGUAGGUCUAGUGUACCCACCCUAUCCCCCCCUUUCCCCUGUGUAUGUGUACAACAACAUGGCGGUGCCGCUGGCGCAUCGCCUCUGUGUGUGUGUGUGUCUUCUUUAUAUAUAUAUAUAUAUGCUUAUAUAUAUAUAUACAUAUAUAUAUAUUACAUGUGUUUUUUUUUUUCUAUAAAUUAAUAAUAUUAUUAUAUUGUAAUGUAUCUACGGCACUGAAUGAACAACCAUUUCGAGAGUGUGUUCGCUGCUUCAUUUGUAUUUGUAUUUGUAUUCCAUUUACGGUAUUUUGAUAGUAAAUAUACACAAAAACAACAAAAA